GCUGCCAUCUGCAGUGCUCGGGCGUGACGUCAUGCUGGGUGGGAAAACUAGAAAAUAAUGAGUGUGUGAAAGUUUCGCUUUUCGCUCGAUUCGGGAGCCGACGCCAAAUUCGCCGCCGACCGCGAGACCGGCAGAUGGGCAACGUCCAGCAGCGGGACGCCGGCGCCGUCACCGCCGGCUGCGCGGGCCUCGGCGCCUUCAACCAGCGGCACCGUCGAUCCUCCAGCGAGUACAACCUUUCGGGCCUGUCGACGGCAGGCAGUGGAUGCUUCAGGUCUUGGAGUUCGGCCAGCACUCAGUCGACCUACAGCGUGUCCAGGCCCUGGUCUCGAGUGUCCAGACACAGGUGGCGAGAGUCGACUUUGAAUGACAAGUUCGAGGCUGCAAAAACUGCGUGGCCGGUGCCUUUGAUCGAAGCUGCCUUUUUGCCUGAAUUCAAAAUUGGCACGGACGUCAACGAGCAUAGUUUUGAAUUGCUCAACAGCCUAGCGAGUGGAUCGUACGGCAAGGUGUACCACGUGCGGAAGAGGGACACGGGCGAGCAAUUCGCACUCAAAGUACUCUCCAAGUCGCAGUUGAUAUCCGAGAGUGGGGUCAAUCAAGUUAAAAACGAAGUCAGCAUCCAGUCCAUGUGUGGUCACCACCCCUUCAUCCUCAACUGUCCGUUUUACUGGCAAAGCAGAAAGAAGUUAUUUAUCGUCAGCGAAUACAUGCCAGGCGGCGAACUGCUGGCGCUGUGGCAAAAGUACGGAGCACUUCCUCAGGAACUCUCAAGAAUUUACAUUGCAGAGCUGGCACUUGCAUUGGAUUUCCUGCACAACGCUGGAGUUAUUUUCCGUGAUCUCAAAUUGGAAAAUGUGAUGGUCGACGCCAGCGGACACCUCAAAGUGAUCGAUUUCGGAAUGGCCAAGUGGCUGAAACACGGAGAGCGCACGCGGACCUUGUGCGGGACCGUCCGGUACAUGGCACCCGAGUUGGUCAGCAUGGAGCCUUACGGGCAUGCGGUGGACUGGUGGUCUUUGGGAAUCAUCGCCUUCUGCCUCAUCACAGGAGACUUUCCGGCGCGCCGACAGUCCCCCGCGGCCCUGACAGCCCCCGACGCCGCCCCCGGACGGUGCGACGCGGCGGGCAGGGACCUGCUGGCCCGCCUCUUGCACCCUGAUCCCCAAAAACGGCUCCGCUCCCUGCUCACCCUGCACACCAUCGCCUUCUUCAAGGACUUCAACUUCGCCGACAUCAGGGCCAGAAAGUUCUGCCCGCAACAAAUGCUGGACGAGUUGGAGGCGUCGCUCGCAAAAUCUCGGCAGGAAAGCUUUGGCCAGUGGAUCUACGGCUUUGACUGAAACUUGUGCUUUGGCGUACCUCCAGUUUUAUUUCUGCCGCUGUGAUCGCUUUCAGAACUUUUAUUUAUCGCAACUAGAGCGUCCGUCCGUUUGUUAAAGCGUUUUUUAAUAUGACAUGUGGAAAAUGAAACCUCGUCGACAUCACACACAAUUAAACGUGAACUUUUUCUCAGUUGGCCAAUUAGUUUAAGACAAAUCCGACAAAUACUUUUAGCUGGAAGAGUCACUCUUUAUUAAUUUUAGCGUCGUCCGUGUUCCUAUCUUGCAAUGCUGAACUGCGUUUUCGAUAAUCGUAAUAAAAAUUUCGUCUGAUUAUCUCGCAAAAUAAAUGACGUUAUUUGAAAAAAAUUUACCACUGAUUUGUAUGCAAGCCCGCAAUUCAUGCGCGACUAGCAAGUUGC